CAAAAGAUGUAAAGGUUUUUUCUAGAGCUCAUACCUGGAUCUUGAACCUAUAAAAUAAAACAAUUAGAUUUGCUACAUAAUAAAAAGGGCUAAUACCACUACAACACCCAAACUAUCAACAAAAUGCCACUUGUGUCCUAUUCUUUUCAAUAUUCCAUCUCUAUCCUGAACUAUUUUUUCUGUUAAUAUUGACCAGCGUUGACCGUUUGUUUUAACAGAAAAUCUAGUCACCGCAUAUGUGGCAUGUGACAUGGAAUUUUAAUAUUAAUUUUCAUUUAUUUUUCCAUCUGAAAAUGAAUAAAUUCAAAUAAAAAAAACAAAACAAAAACUCAUAUCCACUAGAUCUAUCUGUAUCCCGACUGUCCUCUUUCUUUAAUCUCCGAUGAGUCCCCCCACCGGCGACCCUGCUCUCCUCCGGAUCGACGAUUCACCUCUCUUGGUGUUCUUCGGCUCUUCCUUUGAUCCAAUUCGCCUAUAUCAUCGACUGCUUGUGCUCCGUUCUUUUUCCUUGGAAUUCCCGUCGUCGCGGCCGUGGUUCUUCCUCCCUAGGUCUGGAUUCGAAACAAGAUCGAAGGAGCUUCUUAAAUGGGGUCAUUCUUCUCCGUCCACCCAAUGGAAAAAGGGUUUAAUCGGCGCGUAAAUCUGGAGAAGUUCCUCUGGCUCGGUGCGGUGGACAUGUUUCUAGAGGCGGACAGGGUCAACUAGUCUUCGUCUGGAUUGGAAACCCUAGAAACAUUGAAAUCCACCAUCCCCAGAUCUAGGGCGAAGUUCUAGAACGCGUGCGCCCGCAAUUGCCGGCUGCUGGUCCAGAAAACGACGCCGCGACGACAGACCACAAGCUCCGUCAACCAGGAAUUGGUCGGGGAAUUGAAGCUCUAUCAUAAGGUCACUCCCAAAGUAGUGUCGAACAGGGAAAAAUUCCUAUUGUCUUCUAGUACGGCGGUGGCGGGGGAAGAGGAGGGUGAUUUGGGGGAGUAGAGGUCGAGGAUGUCCGUGUGGCAGAGGAAGAUGGUAGAGGGGAGGGUUUGGGGAUUGCGUGUGCCGGAGAAAGAUGAUGAAAGCGAGCUUGGUGUUGAUGUCCUCGAUCAUCAUCGUCCAUCUCUCCUCUCCCAUCUCCGCCUACUGCUUCUUUCGGCCGCCGAAGCUGUUCCACUGGCUGCAUCGGAAUCGGAGCUUCGUCAUCUUCCAGAUGGAGAAGGUUGAGGAAGCGAGGUCGCUGGAAGAGCAGCUUGUCAUGGAGGAAGGCGGCGACGAGAUAUCGUUGCCGUAGAUGCUGAUUCGCAGGAGGGAUUUGAAGGCGGCGACGAUGGCUGAAAUUGAGGGAGGGGGUAGGGUAGGGAGCGGGUUGAAGGCGACAGUGGGUAGAAAGUUUAUUUUUUAUUUUUAAUUAUUUUGCAUUUUAAUUUUAUUUUAAAUUUAAAAAUAUAUGUGGUAUGAUGUGGCAUCUACGUGGAUGCCACGUUUUCUUCCAUGUCAGCAAAAGUCAACAUCUGUUUGACCACCGUCAGGUCAACCGUUAGAGAUAACAGUCAACGAAAUCGCCAGGAUACAAAUGGCACAAAGUAUCAUAGUUCAGGAUAGAAAUGGAAUAUUGAAAAGAGUAGGACACAAGUGGCAUUUUUUCGAUAGUUCGGGUGUUGUAGUGGUAUUAGCCCUAAUAAAAAAAUAAGCAGGUAUGAUGUUUUCCCCCUAAUAAAUGAUUGAAUUUGGA